GUGUCAGGUCUUUCGUAUGACAUUCAUGUGCAUGGAACAUAUUUGUUCAUGAGGAAUAUUUGACUGUUUCUGUUGCUGGUCGAACUGCUUCCCAAUGGAUUUAAUCAUACUCCACCAAUUCAUAACCUUUUUAUCAAUUUUGUGUUCGAUUCAAAGAACAGAUUCUCACGUUCUUUCACAUGAGGACGCUCGAAGCGUUAAUGAUCUACCGGCUCCAGAAUCUUUUGUUGAUAGUUUGUUCGAGACAUAUGGAAAGAAUAAAUCGAUGAUGACUCAGGCAGAGUUCAGCUCUUUGUUGAAAGUACUUAAAGUUGGUUCUAUUUCAAGAGAAACGACAAGUUCUGCUGAAUUGGCGGAGGAGAAUGGAGUGAAAAACGGAUAUCCUAAGUGCUAUUCAGCCAAAGUAUUGUUUGAAAUCUUUAACAUCAAGUCUACUGGCUUAAAUCCAAGAAAAUUUGAAGAAAUAUGUCCAGCAAUAGUUGAACAAAUUGAAAGCAAGGCUUGCCUUGCAGAAGGAAAUGAAGAAGAGAAAAAAGAGGUGAAGCAAGGAAGGGCUCAAGCCUGGGGAUAUGGGUUCUUUUCAGUAACAAUAAUCAGCUGCGCCUCUCUACUUGGAGCCUUUGUUGUUCCAUUUAUGAACCGAUCAUUUUAUAAGAUUCUCUUGUUACUUAUGGUAUCUCUUGCUGUUGGUGUAUUGAGUGGCAGUGGAAUCUUUCAUCUUAUUCCACACACCUUUGGCCUCGGCACUGAUGGUGAUAAAGCAUAUCUAUGGAAAUGUUUGGUGAUUGCCUCUGGUGUCUACUUAUUCUUUUUCUUGGAAUACAUCAUGAAAAUGAUUGUCAGAUUCAAGCAGAAGUCUUCAUGUGAAAAUGAAGAAGGACUGGGAACUGCAACAGCAACAUCAAAGAAUGACCUACCUGGUGCAGGAAUCGCUGAUGUUCAACUUCAACUCUACAAUGUCAACCUGGAUGGUCACCAUAGUCAUGCCAUGUGCUUGAGCCAACAGUUACCAGAUGUACAUGUCUGUGGAAAUGGUGCCAAACAAAAUGGCACCUCAGAGGAUUCUCAGAAGUUUGUUGAAGGGAGUGGCACAUCAUCACCAAAAAAGAAAGUUGCUCCUGUUGCGUGGAUGAUUAUCAUAGGGGAUGGACUUCACAACUUUAUAGAUGGCUUGGCUAUCGGUGCAUCUUUCUCCAGUUCAACAUUUGUUGGCAUCAGCACAGCUUUAGCCAUAUUCUGUGAAGAAUUGCCUCAUGAACUAGGGGAUUUUGCUGUUCUUCUCAAUGCUGGCAUGACUUACAAAAUGGCCAUGGGAUUUAACUUCCUUUCAGCAUGUGCAUGCUAUUUAGGACUGAUUAUUGGACUUCUUCUUGGUUAUGCAACAUCAGCAGUCAAGUGGAUCUAUGCCCUUGCUGGAGGAAUGUUCAUCUACAUUGCUUUGGUUGACAUGUUGGAGGAAGCCUCUGAGAUGUCUGUCAAGAUUGGUCAAAGUUCCAUUCGCAAGAAUCUCAAGACUUUUGCCCUUCAGAAUUUUGGCAUGAUCUUUGGUUUUUUAGUCAUGUUUCUUUUGGCUCUGUAUGGAGAGGAGAUUUCAGUGGUGUAAGAUAUUUAUCACACAAUUAAUUUUUUUUGGGUGAGCCUUUUUUUUUAAGUCUCGCCAAAUACUGAUGUUGACUUACAAGAAUAACUUGGGGUGCUGAGAGUGAAAUUGUUAAGUGAUUUAAACUACAUGAAUUUUGUACUGAAAAUACUAACAAAGUCAGGGUUCUUAAAACCGCGGUUAUAAUGACUGAAGAGGAAGUUUAUUUUGUGGUUGAAAUUUAUCCCUGUUUCAUUUUCAGAGGUUUGUUUAUUUGUGCUUGAACAUUAAAACGCGUGUAACUGACUGAUGAAGAAUAUAAAAUAUUAGAAAAUGAAAACUGAACCGGGAUAAAAUUGAAUCUCAAAGUAUGUUGAGAAUUAUUGGACACAUAAUCAGACGUUUCUAGCGGAGGGAAUUAAAACGAGGGUUGUAAGCAAUCGGAAUUGUAUCGGCCUUUGUCUGCUUUGCUAUAGAUGGUCUUACCAAGACAUCGCUCAGUGACUGGUUCAGAAAAAAAGACUUACGCUCCUUUCCGGACCAAUUAGGUAGUAGUAAAACAAUGUAUUUUCCCUCACAGCGGUCAGACGUCACGCAUGCGCUAUUUGAUCAGUUUCGGCCAAUGUACGCUGAGGAAACAAGAGUAACAAUCAAUGUUUCGUAAAAUUAGCAAAGAAAAAGUGAAACUUUCCCUGAAGUUUACGGAAGGAAACAGUAGUAGUGAAAAGGAAAAGUUGUGCUUUUUCAUUCGAACAAAAUAGUAAUUACAGAAAAAUUCAGUUAAUUUUCUAUUUUUGUUUCGAGCUAUACCAAGAAAUUAUAAAUUUUGGUUGUUUCAAUUUGUCAUUUACAAACUGAAAACCAAGCCGCCAUUUUGAAUUGCUGUUAGCCUUUUCUACAUUCUCACAUGCGCACACUUUUGACCAUGCUUCCGCGCAAGACGCAGCAGACAUACGUAGAGCGCUCCCUUUUUGGGAGAAAGGUGUUGUGUUUAAUUACUAUUACCCCUUCCACUGUAACCCAGGAAAAGAAACUUUCACCAGCUAUUGAACUGAUUGAAGGCCUUCUAGCUAACAAUUUCAUUAAUUUUUUUUAGCUCCAUUGGCCUAUCGCUAAAGUAAUUUUUUAUCGCAAAAAGAAUUGUUUUGGAAGGAUACGGUAGCCUUGAGCAAAUUGUCAUUUAGUUUAACCAAAAAAAAUUAUCAGUUCUUCUAGCUGGGCGUUAGUGUUCUUUGCUUUUCGCAGAUACGAGAAUCUGCUAUUACAUUAUGAAUUUUACAAUUUAUUUUUAUUGAUAAGAAUAAUUGUAACGAAUAUUUAAACGUUUCUUAUGCCUAGUGUAAUGUGGAAAUUUUAUUUGUCAAUUACAAUUUCAGCCAGGCAAUUUUUUGACUUUUUAACCUUGAUAUGUGAUUUUCAGCAUUGGUUGUUCUUAUUAACCUUAAUAAUUUCGGAUAUCGAUUCUUUGAAUUGCGGUUUAUAUGUAUUUAUUGAAGAAAAAACUCUCCAUACGAAGUAUUUUUUUGUUGAAUCAAUAGGGGAUGUGUGUUCUUUACAUUUCUGAAAACUCUAAUUCGUGUACUUACUCAUUUCACACUAUUCGUUAUACUAUGAGGAUUCUCUCUCGAAAGGAUAAAAUGUCUCAAAUCAGUGGAGACUGUCACAGAUUGAAGCUUAAGGAAAACACGAUAGUUCCUUUCCAUAUGAAGGAGCGCUUGACUUCAGGCCACGAACUUUAAAACUCGCGAAAAUACGCUCCGCCCAUGAGGGUGGGGAAGUUAUUUGCCUUCGAUAUACUUACUUAACCCCAAACCUUUACGCAUUGUAAAUCUACAUUUUACCUUUGUUAAAUGAAUAUGUUACUGAGCAAGUUUAUUAAAUAAUUCUUGUGCACUUUUGAGGAAAAGGUGGGUGGCGUGGCUGGCUUACAAAAACGAUUUAAGAGUGAGAUAUUUCGAACGAGUGAGUGUUAACUUUAAAAAAAAAAAAAAAAAAAAAGGGGGAGGUUUUAAAAA